AUGAGUGUAGUGUUCCAAGCACCGCACCACGUCCAAAUACAGGAAGUGGUGACCGCUUUUGGCCGAGGAAACGUUCAAGGCGCGGGUCCGACCGUGUCGCUAAACCGCGACAGCAUGUCGGACCGCCAAAAACGAUCAGGGUCGGUAUGGGCGGAGCACCCUGCUGAUCCAGCAACGUCAAGAGAAUUUGCAGGACUAGUAGGGAAGAUUGCUCCCAACACACAUGCGCUGUGUGUUACUGCCCCUAGUGAUGAGGUGUCCCUCAUUACUUUGAAGAUCGAAGUGACAAGUGGAAUGUCUCUUCGCGCCCUUGUUGACUGUGGGGCUUCGAACAGUUUUUUCGACGUCAGUCGCUAG